GGAAAUACUCACGUGAUUUAAGUUCUAAACCAACUGAGUCGGAUAUUUGGAUGCUGUUUUGUAACAACGUAACUAGAAGUAAUGGAUGCUGCUGAAUUUCGAGUCAAAGCCAAAGAGGUUGUAGAUUUUAUUGCGGAUUACAUGGAAACUAUCGAAAACAGACGAGUGUCCCCCGAUGUCAAUCCCGGUUAUCUGAUCAACUCUGUCCCCAAGGAUGCCCCAGAAGGGCCUGAGAGCUUUGAAGAUAUAAUGAAGGAUUUUAAGAAUAUUAUACUGCCUGGGAUUUUACAUCAUCAACACCCACUCUUUAAUGCCUACUUCCCUCUUGGUCACUCGUUCGCUUCAAUUCUGGGUACCAUGUUGUCUGAUGGAAUCGGAGGCAUCUCGACAUCUUGGGCCAUAAGUCCUGCUUGCACGGAGUUGGAGAUGGUUGUCACAGACUGGUUAGGUAAACUUGUCUCUCUACCGAAGCAGUUUUUACACGAGGGAGGAGAAGGCGGGGGGUCCAUUCAGGGUUCCGGAAGCGAGUGUAUCUUCUUGGCACUUUCCGCUGCAAAACGUCAUGCACAACAAAACACAGCGGAGAGGGCGCCUCGGCUUGUUGCCUACAUCUCUUGUUUGGCUAAUAUAUGUGUCCAAAAGGCUUGUUCACUGGGGUCGGUGAUCCUUCGACAGAUUGAAGUAGACGAAAAUCUCUCCCUGUCUGUGGAAGCUUUGAAAAAAAGCAUUAUGAUCGACAAAUCAAAUGGACUCGAUCCCUUUUUUGUCUGUGCCACGGUGGGCACAACCUCUUGUUGUUCCUUUGAUGACGUUUAUGAGUUGUCGGAGAUGUGCGAGAAGGAGAACCUCUGGUUGCACGUUGAUGCUGCGUAUGCCGGUUGUGCAUUGAUUUGCCCAGAAUUCCACUACCUCAUUAAUGGGAAAGAGAAUAUUUCCUCCAUUUCGUUUAAUCCACACAAAUGGUUGCUGACAACAACAGAAUGUGCUGUACUUUGGGUGAAGAACAAAAAAUCUCUUAACGAUUGCCUCGCUGCUAAUGCCACGUAUCUACAACAUAAACAUCAAGCUGAAACAACUGACUUCCGAAACUGGGGCAUUGGAAUCACUAGACCAUUUCGAGCUCUCAAACUGUGGUUUGUGCUGCGUUUGUACGGCAUCAGUGGAUUACAAGAGUUUAUUAGAAGGCAUAUCAAAUUGGCCAAGAGGAUGAAAGACCACAUUGAAAGCAACCAUGUGUUCGAAAUAGUUGGAAAAUCAAAUCUAGGAUUGGUGGCAUUUUGUAUUAAGGGACCCAGUAAACUGACUACUACACUUCUGCGUAAUAUUAAUGAAUCUGGUAACUUACACCUGACGGAAGCUUCUGUCAACGGUCGUUCCGUCAUCCGAUACGUCGUCUGCGCCGAGAAGGCAAAGGAAAAGGAUGUAGAUUUCGCAUGGAGUGUCAUCUCUUCUGCUGCUGACGGAAUAUUUUCUGCUAGAGGAUGACAGCUCAUUUAUUGCUGCUCCAAGUUCUGAAAAAAAACUAAAGUGAUCUUGUGCUUUUAAGAAAUUAUGUAUCCCGACUGAUUUUAAAAGAUUACAAUUGUAUUUUUAGUGGGAAUCUUAAAUCUUUUUGUUUUCUCCAUUUUAUAAGGGAGCUUUUGCCAACCAAAAAUAAUGUAUUUCUUAUUGCUAUUAUUU